UCACGGACUUCCAUUGGAAAAAUAGCAGUAGUAAUAAGAAAUGUAGUAAUAAUAAAUUCCCUUUUCAGUAUAUGCUGGUAUAACGUGUUGUGCUUUGCUUUUCAUAAAGAUUAUUAGAACUCCAGUGUAAAAUUUAAAAUAGCACUUUAUAGUGGAAAAUAUGAUGAAUUUAAUUGCGAUAGAGCAAAUGAUGCACUUAAUAGGACAUUGAUAUCUCCUCUCAGUUAAAAAAGCAAGAAACCAUCUGCAAAUGUUUAUGUUUGAAAUCCAGCCUAGGGAAAACAUUUGCAGUGCAGAACAAAUAAGAUAAUUGAAAACGAAAUUGCAAGAUAAGGUGUUUGGGCGGAGGGAAGCAACGCAGUGAGGAAAAGCCAUCCCCAUGACUACUGGUCCUUUCUCCUCCCUGCUCUCUGCUGUUUGCCUCUUCUUGGAUUCCAGAGCGUGCUUUAUUCCUCAGCAGCCUUUCUGCAGACUGGCGGAUUUGAUCACAGUUGGAAACUGUGAAACUGUGGUUUGUUUCAGAAAGAGAAGAUAGUUUAAGUACAGCUUUAGCAGCAGACUGCUCUGCUUUGGAGUCUUUUAUACACAAAGGAGAUGUGUUUGCUGGCUUUGUAAUCAACUCAAAAAGAGAAAAGAAAUUUUGUUAACGACAGCGUGGAUACAACUCGAAUUUUUCAUCAGGGCUCACAAAGCUAUGGUAUUUAUUACUAGGGAUGACGACUGACCUUCUUCCAGCAAGUUUUCCAAUAAUUCCUACUUCAAGAAGGAAUUACGGUUGGAAACAAAGUCCUUUUAUGGCUAGAAUGCUGGUGAGCCUUUGAUUUCAGAUUAACUUUUUAACUCAGUGAUAAAUUCAGACCCACGAAGAUUUUCUGCUGAAGCUAAUUCUUCCCAUUACCACUAGUUUCAUAGCAGCUGAAUUGUAUUGUAUCACGUUCUUUGCCUGACAACUGUUAGAACUGAAAAAAGAGUCCACUCUGUAUCUCUGGAGUACAUGUUAUAUUUAAUCACAGAAAAUGUUGGGGUAUCAUUUGACAGCCUUGUACAACAGUGAACAGAGUGCAGGGAAAUGAAAAACAAUCUCUGGCAACUACAGAUAGGAAACAAUCAGGUGUGUAACUAAGAUGUGAUCUUUGCAUAGUUAACACUUUUCUCAAAUUAGAUUGAGGAAAAAGGACGUGCUCUCUCUAACACGUAAGCAAAUCAAGGUACUCCCUUAAAGAUGUCAUUCAUAGAGGUGCUGAAUAGCACUUAAGAUCAAAGUGCAUCAUUCUGGAUUAAACCAGAGGGAUUUGGUGAAUUAGUUCACACUACUUUGUAGUUUUAAAGAAAAUAUGAUGUCGAAACUAGCAAUGCAAUGGGAGGAUCCAAUUCUUCACUCUUCUGAUAACAAAAAAGCAACAGACUGCUCUCACUGGAGUUCCUCAAACCUUGCUAAAUCUUUGGCUGAGAUCUUAAAGUGUUUAAUUUUGAAAAGCAACAUUUAUCUACCGUUAGUAGAAGAGGAUUUGUAUGAAAACGUUCACGCAGUGUUAAACAGAGCUGUCACUGCUAUUUCUCAAACAUCACACUCACAGCUCUCUGACAGUCAGUACAGAGCCUUAGAAAAGGAGGAUCAGACCAGCCUCCACCCACCUUUCUGUACAAAACCACUAAUACUACGCCAUUUGCUUUUCUUUCCAGAACUCAUCAGUGCAGUAAGUAAUUACAUCAGACUUGCUUUAAACUUCAAGGACACCAAAUACAAAGAUUUAAUCUUUGUAUUUAAAGAUUUAAUUGCCACCUUGCGAAGCUCCAAGAAAAACAUCUUCUAAGUACUAACGAGGUGGACAUAUUCACAGAUGCAAAACCUUCCUAGCUAGGUUUUCCCACAGUCUGGGAAAUGCUUCACGAUGGAUAAAGCCAUUCAGCAUCCCUCAGAGAUUUUACCUAAUCAAACUACCCCAAACAGCAGUUAUUCUCAGUUUUUGAACUUUGAUACAUGUCAACCUUCCUUCCCUGCAGUAUUCUUGCUUAUUACAGCCUACAUAUUAGUUACAAUGGUGGGGCUUUUUGGAAACCUUUGCCUGAUUGUUAUAAUAAAGAGACAGAAAGAAGCUCAAAAUGUUACAAACAUUCUGAUUGCCAACCUCUCCCUAUCAGAUGUGUUGAUCUGUAUCAUGUGUAUUCCUGUCACAGCUGCAUACACUUUAAUGGAUUACUGGAUAUUUGGGGAAGCUAUGUGUAAAAUAAGCUCUUUCAUACAAAGUAUAUCUGUCACAGUCUCCAUUUUCUCACUUGUACUGAUUGCUAUUGAGAGAUACCAGUUAAUUGUAAAUCCUCGUGGCUGGAAGCCUAAUACCUCACAUGCUUACUGGGGAAUUAUUUUCAUUUGGGUUUUUUCACUCAUGAUAUCCGUUCCUUUUUUAAUAUUUCACCAACUAACUGAUGAACCCUUCAAGCACCUGUCCUUCCACAGCGAUUUCUACAAGAACAAAGUGGCGUGCAUCGAGGCCUGGCCUUCCAUUACAGAACGUCUGAUUUUCACCACCAGUCUGCUGCUUCUCCAGUACUGCUUCCCACUGGGGUUUAUUCUUAUCUGCUAUCUCAAGAUAUUUGUAUGCCUCCGGCGGAGACACAGUAAAAUAGACAGGAUGAGAGAGAACGAGAGCAGGUUGAGUGAAAACAAAAGGAUUAAUCUGAUGUUGAUAUCAAUUGUUGUGACCUUUGCAGCUUGCUGGUUGCCUCUCAAUAUGUUCAAUGUUGUUUUUGACUGGAACCACGAGGCACUGAUGAGCUGUAAUCACGACCUAGCAUUUACACUGUGCCACCUCGUGGCCAUGAUCUCAACAUGUAUCAAUCCCAUCUUUUAUGGAUUUCUCAACAAGAAUUUUCAGAAGGAUUUGAUAGGGCUUGUUUAUCACUGCAGAUGUUCAGCAUCACAAGAGGAGUAUGAAAACAUUGCCCUUUCAAAUCUGCAAACUGAUGUAUCUAAGGGAUCUCUGAAAUUAAAUAACCACCCUCCUGAGAAUGCCUAAAAUAACCCAGAAGCACCUUCUAAAAUUUUCUAUCUUGCUGCAGAUGACCUUCUGUAGCUCUUCAUCCUGGUACCUCCUCACCUAACUGAAGAUAGAGGGGGUCUUUGCUAUUUAAUUCAGCACAAACAGAAUCGUGUUCCCAAAGGCGUGCUGCUAACAAGUACUUUAUGAUGGUAUUAAUGCCAAUAAACCAUUUCCAAGAGUCUUAAAGAACAAUAACAAUGAAUGUCAACAGUAUUAACAUCUUAUUUUUUAAUCCACAAUGUCCAGGUCACUGUAAAAGUACUUCCAUCGAUGCAGCUGUCCCUCCUACACACCUGGCUUUGCCCAAGUAAGCCAUGAAUACUGAAGUCUCCUCAACUUCAGUCUUUGUACAAACUGAUUUUUGUCUUUUUAAUUUUCCAGCCCUGCACCAUUCCCAUCUCCAGUACAUCGUUACUUUGCACAACAAUUUAUAAGUAGUUUAUACUGUGAGGAAGGCCCCUCAAGUCACCCUAAGCCUUCAGAAGUACCUUCCUUUCAGCCCCAGCACAGAGUUUGCUUUGCUUUAAUACCGGUUCAUCCGACAAACUGUACCUUAACAUGAGGAAAUGUUAGAGUUGGAAUUUCUUUUUUUUUUUCCCUUUAUUUUAAAUGAGCACUAAACCAAGCCCCAUUUGCUGUACUGCAAAUUUGCAUCAGACCUCUGCUGAUCAAGACAAAAUAUGUAGUUAGCAUUUCUCCUAAAAGCACUGCAUUCUCCUCAAAACCACCAGUACAGAUCAUUGCUUUCUCUGUUACCAUCAUCGCUGGCCUCUAAAACUGACCUUCUAGAAUCUCCAUUAUGAAACAGACAUGCUAUGAAUUCAAAGUAAAUUGUUCCUGCUACUUAUCCAGAUUAUGGGUUUCUCUUUUAAUAGAAAAAUAGCUUUCUGCUUUAAUUUCCAAAAUAAUUUUCCCAUAUCUCUGCAAUAGCAAGAGGUCACACCUGAGGCAUUUGCAGUUGUUUCUGUUUGACUAUGUUUGAAAAGAGCUUAUAGAAUCCUUACAGUUGGAAGGGUUGGAAGCUUCUUCUGUUCUGCAAUGUAUGGAAGCCUGAAGAUGUAGUAUUGAAUGCAGCUUCUCUCAAAUUAAAACAUAAUAAAAAUCAUUUUCCAGAGUGGUCAUAAAAAUUAAUGAAACCUAUUCCUCACCCAUGCGAUAGUGCCAACAUAAAAAUCAGCUAAAAUUCAGUUGUUUAAAUGAUCCACUUUAGUCCAACAGCCCACUGUCCUAGAAAUCAACUUGCUUUCUCUUGUUCAAGCUAUAAGAAAAAUACUUGGUUGACAACUGCUUCCUGCUUCCCACUGAGCAAGGUCUCAUGAAACCUACCAGGGCCUGAUCUCACUGAAGUCAUAAGAGCAGUGAUAGUUGUAAGAGUAAGAAACUAUUGACAUGGAAAUCAAGUAUAUGAGUGACAGGUAUGAAUUAGUUUUGGCAUAAUAUAGCACUUUUCUUCUAAUUAGAUCAAAUAUAAUGCACGUGAAGUAGAGCACAUAAACAGCUACAGCUCAAAUAUCUGCUUUCUGCAUUACAGCAGGAAAAUCAGGAGAGAGCUAAAUGCCCAGUAGGGGCUAAUAAUCAGCUGUCGAGAGUAUCUUACUAUUAAUGGUUCCCAUUAAUUCCAGCCUUCAGUCAGCUCAAUCACUGGGCUCCUUUCACUGCUGAUACACACCAUCUGCUUGCCCAGCACUGGCAUUGCAACCAGCAUUGAACCAAGCAGAAAGCAGUAACCCAGCCAGCAAUACUGAGACACAUCGUGAAGAAACAGAGGGGCUGGUGUGUAUUUGCAGUUGGUCAAAGUGAGGAUGUAGAAUCUGUUCUCUGCUGGGUAAGACUCCAAGGCAAUGAAAUGAUUAAUUAGCUCCAUCUCACCUGCUUAACUGAGAGCAAAUCUGAUUCAGGAAUUUCACUUUUUGAGGAGGUCCCAGUGCCCAUGCAGAAGCCAUCUCAUCAUUUCAGGUCAUUCACAAGACAAAGGACUGUAACAAGUUACAGCAGCACAGAUACUACAGGCCGGGUUACCUUGUCUGAGGUUGAAACACGUCUCUACCGUGGUCUUUCUCACACCUGAGCACACCAAUAACAGGUCAGGACUGCUGACUGAAGCGAUUCACAAGCACAUGACAUUUACAAUAUGCUCACUUCUUGAGUAUUCAACACAAGAGUUAAGAAUGCUCUCUCUUCACACUGUGGCACACACCUCAGAUAAUAUUUAGGGUUUGAAUGAGGCCCAGCUCAGAUUCCCAAGUGUGACUUUGGCCCAAGCGUCCCUCAUACCAGUAUUACCAUCUCACAGCUGUGCCCAAGUGUGCUUAGUUUCACAGAAGAGGUGUUUUCAGUGGUCUAAAUACAGCCAUGGAAUGAACACUAGCCUAAAUUACAUGUUCAGAGGGCCAGCAGGAACUCCUGUGACCCUGAGAAGGCCAGGACUGAUGGAUGUUCCCCUGACUGCCCCUCUGUAAGUGCUUAGGCAGUUCAUGUUUCUGACAUUAAACAGUUAAAGAAAAAAAAGAUUGCUAUCUGUUCCUGUCAUCUUGAUCACGGUUAAGCAAUCUAUUUUUUCAGUCUGAUUCUCAGAAUAAGAGGUUCUUCAUUACCAGGUGGAAGCUCUCCGAGCAGUGAGACUGCUCCAGACCGAUGUGAAUAAUAACACUUGUGCCUUGAUUUCUUUCUUGUUCUUCCUUACACUUUCAUUUGAUUCAAGUGCUGAUACUCCAUUUCAGUUCUGAGCUUUCAGUUAUCAAGUAUCUCUUAAUGCUGUGCUUACAAAAAUCACUGCUAACUGAACAGAGCACCAUCACCACCCUGAGGGUAUCACCCUCAGUGCUGAACCUUCUCUCACUACAUCCACUGACUUUGUAUGCAACCUGAUAUCUAAUUUCCAGACAAAUCAGUAGGAAGGAACUGACUUUAACAGGAACAGAAUCAGAUAACAGUUAAUCAGAUAACAGCUUUGCUUACCAGAAUGCCAUUACUUGAUGUAACCAUGUCACACGGGGAGCAGACACAUGGAAUCGCACACAAGGAGCUAGCUAGUUCAGCUACCUGAACUCACAAACACCAUCCAAAUGUACAAAGAAAUUCUUAGCAGUGAUGUGGGAUUAAAUAACGAAAAAUUGCAGCAGGACAUGCUUGAGGUGGUUCGGUCACAGACCAUAUCAAUAUAUUUAUAAAGAACCAUGUAAAUUAAUAUAUCCUUACAUAUCUUUGUACUUUAUGGUUCAUUGGUUUAACUGUAAACACACGUAACUAAAGUUAGAUAGCUGGAAACAGCAUUUAUUGUGAGAAUGAUUCUGCAGAACAGAGAACUUGGUUGAUCGUUGAUUGUAAUUAUGUAUGUGUACAAAAGCAGUGCCACUGCUGUGUGUUAUUUAAAUACUCUGAUUCCUCCUGUCUACUGGCAGUCAUUACCUGUAAAAUACUGUCACAGUGCCCAGCUGCUGAAUAUUAUUGCUUAUAAUAUUAGUAGGACAGUUCUUAUGCAAACAGCUCUGGAAACUGCUUUAGCAUUUCAUGUGUUCACUUAUUAAAUGAACAGAAACCAGUGACAAGUGAGAUAUUUGCUUUUUCUAGGGGAAAAGGAAUUUAAAACACUGUAAACUCUCAGCAUUAUAAACACUUAACUAAAACCAAUGCAGACAGCUAAAGAGCAUUCUCAGGGCUCAUAGCACUGCCUUUUGGUGAAGAUGGACAUCCCUUUUGGUGAAGAUGGACAGGAUCAUAAACCAGGGAGGUUUCAAGGGAAUUCAGGACUCAGGGGCAGAGCACCUUUUUACUGUGGCACCUCAUGAUGUACUCAGAUAUCACCAGCGUGUUUGGAAUACUGUUUUUCUAGAUGUAUUGCAAGGAUUUCCAAUUUGACAGAGCGGAAGCUUCCCUUCAGUAGCUCAGAAAACGUUAUCUGCAGAACAAACAGUGCAAGAGCUUUUCUGAGCGCUGCACUGCAGCUCAACUGGUACAUAUUUGCUAUGAAAGUAGCUUCUACUAUUCUGUUUUAACUCCCUGAAAUCUAAACAGGGAAAAAGUCUUUUGGUUUUUCUUGUUUGAGCCAAAAUCUUCACACCAGAUUUCCCUGGAUUAUCACUAUUUAUUUCACAAAUGAUAAACCCCCUGGGAUGCUAUAAUGGCAAAAAAAGUUGCCACAGUAUGUCUCCACAGUGUUGUAAAUGCAUCAAAGCCUUUGAAACCUUCAUAUUCACAUCUCCACAACAACGCAGAACUCACCUCAGAGCAAGACAGAAGUGGAAUGAUCAACACAGGACACUGUCAGGACACGUAUGGAGAAGACUGAGCAACAAAGAGUUCAGAGAACUUCAGAAGUGGCAGAGAAACACUGUUAGAGAAAGGGCAAGCAGAAAUAGCUGCAGCUCUCAGCAAGA